AGGGCGCUGCUGCCCUUCGUUGCAAUGGCGGAACCAGCACUCCAGUUCGAGCUUCGUGUGCCGUUCCCGUGCCCCAGAGAGGCUCAGAUAGCCCACGACACCUUAUGCCCCGAUGCGGAGCCACGGAGAGGGGGUGUGAGCAAAACCCUGAGCGUGGCGGAUGACAGCUUGCUAGUACGCUGGAAAGCGGAUGAAGCUCGUAUCCUGCGCGUGUCGGUCAGCUCCUUCCUGGAACACCUUUCGCUUGUGCUGCAGACCAUGGAGAGAUUUGGUCCUCCGGUAGCCGACUCCUGAUUAUCAUCUGGCCCUUGUACUGUUAUUUGGGGAGGGAGGUUACCUGUUAAUUGAUGAAUUUCUAUUGGCUGCAGUUUGAUGAUCAGGAAAAAGGACAUUAUAUAUAUA